GAAGUGAGUAGCCGUGCUUGGGAAACGGAUUACUUACCUGUUGCGGUGUCUUUCGGCAUUGAUGAACUGCUGUGAUUGAAAAAAAAUCCUGUAUGCUGAAAACCCGAAAGUGGUUGCUGAAAUCCGCAGGUACUCACCAUGGUGGGGUUUGGGAGCGGUUGAUCCGGCUUGUGAAGCGUGUCCUGUCUUCCACUCUCAGACUCCAAACCCUGGAUGAUGAAGGCUUCCACACAGUUUUAUGUGAAAUUGAAGCAAUUCUGAAAGGUCGACCAAUCACAAAGGCCUCUGAGGAUGUCAAUGACCUGGAAGCUCUCACACCAAACCACAUUCUUCUCCUGAAGACAAAGCCAAUCCUUCCACCAGGGCUGUUUCAAAAGGAUGACCUGUAUCUGAAGAGAAGAUGGCGACAGGUGCAGUUCCUCUCUGACCUUUUCUGGAAACGUUGGGUGAGGGAAUACUUACCACUGCUCCAGGAGAGACAGAAGUGGAUGAGGCCUAAAAGAAGUUUUGCUGUUGGUGACAUCAUGGUCAUGAUGGACCCAUUAGCCCCAAGAGGGUCCUGGCAGAUGGGACGAAUUACACAGACCUAUCCAGACAAGAGGGGCCAUGUGCAUUCAGUCCAGUUAAGAACAAGAACAGGUCAAUUGGAAAGGCCAGUCACCAAAAUAUGCCUCUUGAUGGAAGCUGAAGACCCAUGUCAGAUAACCUGAAGUGCCACGGACGAUGACCAGAUGACUAGAUGACCAGAUGACCUGGCCACUCUAAGAAGACAUUUAGUCUUAAGAACUCACUUAGAUUAGCUCUGC